ACAACCUGGGAGCAGGUCGGUCACCCUCCCGUAGCGGUGGAUUUGGCUUCGAAACUUUAUGGGUGGCUUGAUAACACGAGUGCUGCUCGUUUCGCGACCGCAGAAUACAUCUGCCCUGCAUCACCUUCCGUGUCACAGACAUCAGUCUGAGCUAUGGUCCAUCCCAGGAUACUCGAUAUGAAGUCAAGGCAGACGAGCCUCGCGACCUGCUGAUCACCACCAAAGAGGCGAUUGUUCAGUUCUCGUAGUCAAUGCCCACUCAGCAAGGCUUCAUGUUUGUCCGUCCCUGGGAUCGGUCUCCCCUGGAGCUACCAGACUUCGCAGAUCUGCAAGACAAUUCGGAGAGCGAAGGGGAUUGUUGCACGCCGCCUUCGUCUCCGUCAGACGGCUCACAUAGCCGUUCUCUUGUAAAACAAGAGGUGGAUGAUCUCGAAUCGCGAGCAUUGCGGUUGCUUGGGCGGCCUUUUGGCGCAUUUUUGCUAGCGCGGCGGAGAAUACAAGAGGAUCAUUUGCGUCGGAUCGUGAUAUCAUUGCACAGGUCAAAGAUGUAGCUUAUGUUCGAGAC